AGAUCCCAUUCUUGUUUUAGAGCAGCUAAUACAAAUUGCCAAUUCUAUGAAAAUUCUAAUUGUUUGGCUCUAUACAAAAGCAUCACGCCUCAGGGAGGCUUCUAUUUAAUUGACAAUUGACAUGGAUAUUUAGGGAGGACUUCCAGUUCAAUCCAACGGUGUGGAUCUCCUAAAGAUAAUGAUAUUCAACGUUUGGACGUUAGAUGAAAAGAAAGACAACAAGAGUUUAAAGAAAGCCUACCUGAAGCGAAUGAACAACUAUGGAAGCUCAAAUUCAGAUAGGCACUAUUCAGAUUCUGGCAUCUAAUUUUUGGUUUUAACCAAAUUUAGUUAAAUUGGGGUUGGAUUCUGUGAGAACUUUAGAGAUACCCCACGUUUUCAUUGCUCUAAUAUUUUCAUUCAUUCAUCAUAUAAAAACUGAUUGUUGUUCUAGCAGUAAAAUCUCUACUGGGUUCCUGGAAGCUAUUUGCUUUUGAAGCAAUUUAAGCUUUGUUGGUGUUGGGUGUAAUGAAAGAGAGCUACACUCACGCUCAUGAGGCUUCAUCCUGCAGGGCUAAAUUGAUUUUUAGAGAAAUCAAAGCAUUAAAUCAUGGGAAUGGGGAAGUGGAUAGCAUUCAUCACUUCCAGAAAAUGGAGUUUAUUCAUGUGGGUAGUGAAAGGAAGUCAAGUCAAGGAAGAGGGACAUGCUGGGCUUCAUUGUCUGAGAGUGUCUCUGUGAAGGACAAACCAUCAGUAACGAUGAACAUUUCAAAGAGCAAACCAGAUGUGAAAGAUGUGAAGGAUGCCAGAUGGCAUAAUCCUACAUUUGACCAGCUCAUGAAACAUCCAUUGGCAUUAUUGGCAUUUAUACCCAAAGAUGCGUCACUGUUUAUUGCAGGUGCAGCAGCUGGUGCUGCUGCCAAGACUGUUACUGCACCUCUGGACAGAAUCAAACUUUUAAUGCAGACUCAUGGAAUAAGAGCAACACAAGAAAGUGCUCAGAAGGGGAUUGGUUUCAUUGAGGCUAUCAGAAAGAUUGGAAAUGAAGAAGGAUUGAAAGGUUACUGGAAAGGAAAUCUCCCUCAGGUGAUACGUGUAAUUCCAUAUAGUGCUGUGCAACUAUUUGCGUACGAAUUUUACAAGAAACUAUUCAAAGGUAAAGAUAUGGAACUGUCUGUUCUGGGAAGGCUAGCAGCAGGAGCUUGUGCAGGCAUGACUUCAACGCUAGUUACGUAUCCUUUGGAUGUCCUACGUUUACGCCUGGCUGUUGAUCCAGCCUGCAAAAGCAUGAGCCAGGUUGCAAUAAAUAUGUUACAAGAUGAGGGAUUUGGAUCAUUUUAUAGAGGUCUUGGGCCAUCUCUUCUUGGCAUUGCACCCUACAUUGCUGUCAACUUUUGUAUUUUUGAUUUAAUUAAGAAGUCCCUUCCAGAGGAGUUGAGGAAGAAACCAGAGGCUUCUUUUGCAACUGCAAUUAUUUCAGCCACAUGUGCAACAUUGAUAUGCUAUCCUCUUGACACAGUUAGGAGACAGAUGCAAAUGAAGGGCUCCCCGCAUAAAAAUGUUUUGAAUGCCUUUUCAGGUAUUAUUGCACGGGAUGGUGUUAUUGGAAUGUACAGGGGUUUUGUACCCAAUGCUCUGAAAAAUCUACCAAAUAGCAGCAUUCGUCUCACUACAUUUGAUACAGCAAAGGCUCUCAUCCAAGCAGGUACGAAUGAACUUGAGAAGAUUAGGAAUGCAAAUCGCGAAUUCAUGGAAGACAUACAAUAGUUCACCAGAUAUUGAAUUCUUAUUUUUUCUAAAAUAAAAAUGGCAAGUGGUGCGCAUUGUACAAAACUCGGACAUUUUUAUUGGAAGAGGGAUAUAAUUCUCUUACAGAAUGCUAUUUAUAUAUGCUUUAGUGCAUUAUAUUUACCUGUAAAAGCAUAAUUUAAUAACAGUUUUCUCUGGAAAGAAAAUGUAGAUCUUUCCAGAUCAAAUGCCCAUAAAGAAAUGGGAAUUUUUACCCAUCCAGUACCUCACAAUUAUUAUCGUGGAGGUAUAAUGAGUUUCGAUAUUUCAUUAUAGAAAAAUGAUUGUUAA